UCAGGAUGGAGACGCUGCUCGUCGGUUCCCCUCCCGCUCCUCCUCAUCCUCAGCUGCUGCUCCUUCUGAAUUGCGCAUCGGCACUCCGGCAGCGCCACGGCGGGACUCACGUCCAGCACAGUUUGGACUGAGUAGAGAACCGAGGAGGAGGAUGAUGAUGAUGAUGAUGAUGACAUCUCCGUGUCCGUGGAACAAAACCAGGAUGGACUGAAGUUUGAAAAUGUUCCAGAGAGAUUUGUCUGCAGCUCUUCUCGGUGUGUGGAGGAAACUUUAAGUUGAUAUGAUUCAUGAAACCAGGACACGUUCUCUGAUGCGUUCUGCGUAAAGCUGCUCCUAACUCCAGAGCCCAGAGCAGCCGGGACACGGGUCCAGAGCAGCCGGGACACGGGCCCAGAGCAGCCGGGACGCAGAGGACUCUGACGGGCGGUGGACGAUGUGAUGAACAGGUCUGAAUGAUGGAAAUAAACUGCAUCCAAGUGCGUCAGAGCUGAGCGCAGCGCCGUUACGCAUGGAGACAUCUCGGCGCUGAGAGGAGUGUUUCACCUGCUCAUACUUUUAUUUUAUGACUUAUUUUAACUCGAGCACAAGAAGGGAACAAGUUAUUCUACUCCUCCUCGAACAGAAAAUGAGGAGCUGUCUCUUCCGACUGGCACUCUUCGUGGCUUGCGUCCUCUCCAUCCGCUGCACCGCUGCGCCCGGCACCGAGGCGGAGGCGCACACGGCGUCCCGGGAUAGUACCUGCGCGUCCUGCGGCACCGCUCAGCCGGAGGACCCCGAGUCGGGCGCGGUGCACGUGGACUUCCUGGAGGCGGUGAAGAGGCACAUCCUGAGCAGGCUGCAGAUGCGGGAGAGGCCCAACAUCACGCACCCGGUCCCGAAGGCGGCCAUGGUGACGGCGCUGCGGAAGCUCCACGCCGGGAAGCUGCGGGAGGACGGGAGGGUGGAGAUCCCCAACCUGGACGGACACCCGAUGAGCAACGAGGUGCUGGAGGAGAGCUCCGAGAUCAUCAGCUUCGCGGAGAAAGAUGAUCUGGUGACCUCCAAGUCCAGCCUGUUCUUCCUGAUCUCCAGCGAGGGGAACCAGAACCUGUUGGUGGCGCAGGCCACCCUCUGGCUCUACUUCAAGCUGCUGCCGUCCCCCGCGGAGGUGCGUCCGAGGCGGAAGGUGACGGUGAAGGUGUACUACCAGGAGCCCGGCCUGGGCAGCAAGUGGAACCUGGUGGAGAAGCGGGUGGAGCUGAAGCGCAGCGGCUGGCACACCUUCAUGCUGACGGAGGCCGUGCGGCUGGUGUUCGAGAAGGGCGACCGGCGGCAGAACCUGGACGUGCGCUGCGAAGGCUGCGAGGCCGAGGGCGUGAUGCCCGUCCUGCUCAACCACAACGACGAGUCCCACCGGCCCUUCCUGGUGGUGCAGGCGCGGCAAGCCGACAACAAACACCGCAUCCGCAAGAGGGGGCUGGAGUGCGACGGCAGCAACAACCUGUGCUGCCGCCAGCAGUUCUACAUAGACUUCCGGCUCAUCGGCUGGAACGACUGGAUCAUUGCGCCGUCAGGCUACUUUGGGAACUACUGCGAGGGGAACUGUCCGGCCUACAUGGCCGGCGUCCCCAACUCGGCCUCGUCCUUCCACACGGCGGUGGUGAACCAGUACCGCAUGCGCGGGAUGAGUCCGGGCUCCAUGAACUCCUGCUGCAUUCCCACCAAGCUCAGCACCAUGUCCAUGCUCUACUUUGACGACGAGUACAACAUCGUGAAGCGGGACGUUCCCAACAUGAUCGUGGAGGAGUGCGGCUGCGCCUGAGCGUCGUUCAUUCCCGCUUAUUUAAGGUGGAACUGAAGAACUUCACGAUAUCACGACGAAAGAUACAUAUACAAACAGAAUAUUUAUGGCCGAUGGAAAAAACAUGUGCACACACAACCUCAUCCACACAUAUCUACACACCCUCAUGUACGCCUGCACAAAAAACUUGUAUAUAUAUUUAUGUUUGUUGAUAUAUUUUUGUUAUAAUCUCUGGUGGAAGACUGUUUCUGUUUCCUUCAAAGGGACGAAGUGAAGAAUUCUCUUCCGAAUCGGUAAAUAUCCACUUUUGAAAACAAUCAAUGUCUGAAGUUCUUCACUGAAUCUCUGAGAUCGUGAGGAUCUGGUUUGUUCAAGUGUUCCAGACUCACAUUGACCUUCUGGCCUUUACAAAGCAGCAUCAUGUGAUGUAAUCCUCUGCUGUCAGCCAUGUUGUUAGAGUAGGUGAGAAGUCGUAGGAAGCCUUACACCAGUCACAAAGACGCUCGGGGUUCCAACACUUGACCACGUCUUCACCAACGUACGGCACUUCGGCCUCUCUGUCCGAGACAAACAGACACAACAGUCAGACGCAUUCCUGAAAAUAAACCAAACAGAAAAGGGAUCCGUCAGACGUUCCCUGUGUGUCCACACCUGAAUGAAUCCUCCAACCUCCCAACCAGAGACACACGACCGGUUCAUCGACCGGUUCAUCGACCGGUUCAUCGACCGGUUCAUCGACCGGUUCAUCGACCGGUUCGUUCCCCUGAUCACAUCCUCUCACACGUCUGGAAUAUUCUCUCUCUGUCCUUAAGCCCAAUUUCUCAAGCGAUUCCUUCAGAGCGUUUCCCUCAAGUUGGUUUUGUAAAUUACAAAUUUGUGGACACGAUCUUCUGAUUUCCAUCCUUCGAGUUAGUUCCCUUGAACCCUCCACUGGAUCUUGGACAACAACACUGACUGGGACGCGGUGCCGACGAGGUGGCCCUCUUGUUUGAGGGACUGGUGUCAACAGUCGGACAGUGAGUCCAGCCCGGUCCACCAUCCAUGUUCAAUCCCACAAAUCCUCCAGAGGUUCAGGAUCUCUUUCUUUCUCCAGAGGUUUUGGCUUCGCCACCUUUCCACUCUGGACUAUGACCACACAUCGAUCCGUCCUUGUUGGGAUAUGACGCACAACAAUAAGGUUCUCCUGAGGCCCGGGGGUUCGAUACCCCCAGUUGCUCAAAUUAAAUAAAAAACACAUUCUCUCAUUUCAGUCAGUGAAAAGUUGCCAUAUUGCUCAGUUUAGUGACGGUGCAGCUUUGCACACUUUGAUAGCACUUGCAGAUUGAAAUGCCUUUAACGAGUCCUACGUGGCGCCGCCGCCCUCGGUCCUUCGAAGAGGAAACAAGUGCCGCACGAGCUAUGCAAUGUAUAGAAUUUACCCAGAACACCAUACGAGCUGAACUUAGAGCUCCAGUGACAAACUAUCACCAAUACUUGAAAUGUGAGUGUGGCGAGCAGGGGGCGGGUCGGGCUUCGGCUGGGAGGAGCAACAGAGACCCAACCAUCGGACGAUUCAAGUUCAUCUCUCAAAUGAUCGACAACAAGGGAAGACGUUUCCAAACCAUCCAACCUGAAAAUGUCUCUGGACGGAGCUUGUGGGCGGGCGAUGGACGACCGGACACCAGGUUCAGAGGUUCUGGUUAAACAAAACCUUUCUGUUGACUCGUUUAGCAUCGAACCAAGAGAAGACUCAGAGUUCUACCGACAUCUGGUUCCAUUCGAAAUCUAUUAGGUGUUUUACUUUUAGAAAAAGGUGAAUAUUCUAUAAACAACAACCCCAAUAAACCAGGUCCCAAAGGGUCAUGAGCCAAAUUGAACAAAUCAAUGAAGUCGACAUAUGAAUAUAUCUUUCUGCCUUGGCGCCGUUGUCCGAUGGAACGUGGCACGUGUGAAAAGAGGCUAACAGCAUGUGAUGCACGGAUGGUCUAAAUGAAUGUGUCCCGGGGGAGUUCCCGUCGUCGGCACCCUAACACACUUUGAGACACACUUUCCGUCACUUUGAGAUGAUUCCAGGUUGUUGCUCCCGGCUGAAACAUCCCGCUCACGGCUCCUCGUCCCGUCCACGGAAAUCCUUCGCCUCAAAUCUUGGUUGUGUCUCUCACGGUUGUUAGAAUAUUUGCACUGAGGACUAGUAAUAAGAAAAAAAUGAAAUCAAUAGAAACUGCCAUUGAAUAAAAGAAAGAAAAAAAAGAAGCUAUUUUUAUAGAAGCAAAAAUUGAGCUCUGUUCAAAUGUAUGAAACCUAAUCAUGGAACCAAAGAGGCCGAGAGGUUUAGCUAUUGAUCUCCUUCUUGUUGUAAAUGACUUAGUGACAGUCACGAGGCCUAAACACUGUAUCAGGGUAUAAUAUCAGUCCAUAAUCAGCUUAAUCUCUUUUCUACUUUGUACCUAGACAUGGAAUAUUUCAUAUUUUUUCAUCAAAUUACUUAAAUAUUCCUAGUUUUUCUUUCUUCUUUUUCUUUGUUAGCGCUUGUUCCAGAAUCAUUUAGGGUAAAGCACGCGCCAUCUGAUCCCUGUACAGUCGAUGUAACAUAUGAAUAUGCUUUUUGAAAUAUUUUGUUCUUUGUUAUUGUUGGAAAAUAAAUUUCUUAUUACCGAAA